AUGGACGUCGCGACGGGCGCGGUGAGCACGCUACUGUCCAUGCUGGGCGACCUGCUGACGCGGGAGUACCAGCUGCAGGCGAGCGUCCGGGACGACGUCGCGUUCCUCAAGGCGGAGCUGGAGAGCAUGGAGGCCGCGCUCCUCCGGAUCUCCGAGGCGCCGGCGGACCGGCCGCCCGACGUGCAGGACAGGCUGUGGGCGCGGGAGGUCCGGGAGCUCUCCCACGACGUGGAGGACUGCGUGGAGGCCUUCCUCGACCUCCUCCAGGGCCUGAGGGGCCUCAUCGACAGGGGGAUCGGCCUGCUCAGGAGGGCCAAGAUCCGCCGCGACAUGGGCGCUGUGGUCAGAGACAUCAAGCGACGCGUCGUGGAGGUCGGCGAGCGCCGCGUCAGGUACAAGGUCGACGGCGUCGCGGCGGCGGCGAAGCCCGGCCGUGGCCCGCAGGCCUCCGACGGUGGCCUUCGGCUGUCGGCUCUGUACGCCGCGGCGACGGAGCUUGUCGGUACCCAGGCGAGGAGCCGUGAGCUGGUCCAAUUGCUGAUGGUGGAGCGCGAUGAGGCGUCGAAUCGGCUGCUGAAGACGGUCUCCGUCGUUGGUUUUGGAGGAUUGGGCAAGACGACGCUCGCUAGGAUUGUGUACGAGGAGCUGAAAGGCCAGUUCGAUUGCGCGGCGCUUGUUUCCAUCUCGCAUGAUCCUGACAUGGAGAAGGUGUUCAGGGACAUGCUCUGCCAACUCGACAAGAACCGCAACACUGACAUUGCAAUGUGGGGCGAAGCACAACUUAUCGAACAACUAAGGGAAUUCCUUCGAGACAAGAGCUACUUCAUUGUCAUUGAUGACAUAUGGAGCUGUUCAGUAUGGAACACAGUCAGGCAUGCUUUUAUUGAGAAUCAUUGUGGAAGUAGAAUAAUCAUGACAACUCGCAUCCUUGAUGUUGCCAAGCAAGCCAAUAGUAUCUAUGAACUAAGACCUCUUUCUCCUGCUGACUCAAGAAAGUUGUUCUACCAAAGAAUAUUUGGCACUGAAGAUGCAGCUCUUCCAAACCACUUAGCUGAAGUAUCAGAGAAUAUUUUGAAAAAGUGUGGCGGUGUACCUUUAGCUGUAAUUACAGUAGCCAGUCUAUUAGCAACUAAAAUGAGAAAGGAAAACACUGAUAAGUACUGGUAUCAAGUGUAUCAAUCCAUGGGUUUUGGACUUGAAGAAAGCACGGAUGUGAAGGACAUGCGAAGGAUACUGUCUAUCAGUUACUAUGAUCUGCCGCCACAUUUGAAGACUUUCUUGUUGUAUCUGACUUUGUAUUCAGAGGAUAAUGGUAUAAUAGUCGAGAAGGUGAUAUACAAAUUGAUAGGUGAAGGUAUUAUCCGGAAACAUCAUGGGAAAACUUUUUAUGAAGCGGGAGAGGAUUACUUUGAAGACCUCAUUAAUAGAAGUAUUAUCCAACCAAUGCUUUUUAACCAUGGGAGUAAGGUAUGGUCUUGUUUUGUGCAUGACAUGAUGCUUGAUCUAAUUGCUUCCGUAUCGGAGGAGGAGAAUCUUUUACAAGCACUUGGUGGUUCCCAGACGAUGUGUGAGCCAACAAGUAAAAUCCGCCGAUUGUUCCUACAAAACAUGAAGGUCGAAGAUGUCAAGAAGGUGGUGGAUAACAGUCACUGCAAGCACAUCUGCAAUUUGUAUCACCUGAGAUAUCUAAAGCUAUCUUUGACAUCCAUCACUGAGAUACCAAAUGAGAUUGGGAACCUACAGCUUCUGCAGUUCCUGGACUUGAAUAUGACCAACAUAAAAGCGCUUCCACCAGCAUUUUUCCAGCUAAGAAAACUAGAGUUCUUGUGUGUCGACAAUCGGACUAGACUACCAGAAUGCCUUGGGAACUUAAUUUCUCUACAGAAGUUAUCACCAUGUAUAACAAUCAGGUCCCCAACAAUGCUGUGUGAAUUGAGCAGGCUGACCGAGCUGAGGCGUUUGAUGCUCCGCUUCGAUGACUGGGACGACGAGAGCUAUGAGGAACCUUUUGUGCAGUGUCUAUCCAACCUGGUCAAUCUUGAAUCCCUGCAGAUAUUUGAUUGCCACAAUGGCCUUGGUUCCAAUUCCAACAUUGGCAUGUUGUUAACACCAGGGCCUCAACAGCUUCGAUCCAUGAACAUAGGGCCUGGCACCGUAGGCUGUGUGCCAAGAUGGAUGCCAUCACUCUUUGCCCUGUCCGCACUAGACAUCACACUGCUGACACUACAAGAGGAGGACCUUCAGGUCCUUGGCAGCAUACCAUCACUUCGCAGCCUCUACAUAUGGGUGAAGGAGCACAGAAAGGACAGGCACAAAAGGUUGGCCAUCGGCAGUGACGACUGUCCAUUCCGUUGCCUAACCAAGUUCAGAAUCGGGCCUGGUGCCAUGGAGGUGGAGUUUGCAGCAGGAGGCAUGCUAAUGCUCCGAACCGUUCGUUUGGACCUCCAUGUGCGGCAUACCUUGGAUCAGUUUGGCGACUUCGAGUGUGGCCUGGAGAGCCUCUCCUCGCUCGACCGUGCUGUUGUUCAUAUGAACUGUUACCGUGCAGAGCUUGAGGAGGUGGAGGAGGGGAGGCUUCGAUACUUCAGAUUCAGAAUACAGGGAGAGGGCAAGACGAAGAAGCAUCCUCAGGAAUCAGGAGGUGCUGGGCCCGAUUAUCUGAGAACCACCAAAGGCUGCUCUAACCAGCUGCAGAGCCGCUCCACAUCUCCAAUGGCCACCUUGUCCGCCAUCUCCGCCAAGGCCGGCUACUGCAAGGCACCAACGCUGAGCUGGAAGGGAAGCAGAGUUUCAGGCCGGAAUGUGGUCUCCAUGGCGACCACCCAAAGAGGCGGCCUCGUCUCCCUAAGAUCCCCACGGUUUCGUGUCUACGCGGCGAAGGCGGAGACGGUGAGCAAGGUGAUGGACAUCGUGAAGCAGCAGCUGGCGCUGGCGGCGGACGUGGGACUGACGGCGGAGUCCAAGUUCGUGGACCUGGGCGCCGACUCGCUGGACACGGUGGAGAUCGUCAUGGCGCUGGAGGAGGAGUUCAAGAUCACCGUCGAGGAGGACAACGCCCAGAGCAUCACAACCAUCCAGGAGGCCGCCGACCUCAUCGACAAGCUCGUCGACCAGAACCCAGCAGCGCCGGCGGCAUGA